CGCUGCGCAGAUUCUCCGCAUAAUGCGCCAGUCUGCCACGUGAGGGAGGCGCAAAAUAGGAUCCUGACCCAUUUUCCCUCUUUCUCUCUUUCUCUCUCUCCUCCUCAGUGUGAAACCUGAGACCUGAGACCAGGUCCAGUCCAGCCCAGUCUCUCCCAGUCUCUCCCAGUCUGUCCCUGUGGGCUCCCAGUCCCUGCAGCUCCGCAUUACCAGCUCCAUUUGGCUUCUUCAGGACACUUUUGACACUUUGACAGGAAACUUUUAUCCACAUUUUUCACCAACAAAUCCAUCAUUUGACGCGUUUUACGCACGGACGCGGGGCUGCUCUGAGUCUGCAGAGGUUGUUUCUGAAAACCUUUUGGAUGCAUUUGGAUUCUGAACUCUGCAGCAUUUCUAUUUCCCAUCAAGCAUUAACAGAAAGCAUCUCUUAUAAACUGAGCUGUGGAGGCGUCCAGCAUCUUUUCUUCUCUCUUUGUUGUCUGUAUUUUCUGGCUCUGGGAUGUAAGAAGACGCUCCAGAUUGUUUCUUUGUUUUUUCUUUUUUCAUCUACAAAGGAAUAACUUUUUUUUUUCCUGAGGAAAAACUAUGGCGGUUUUUGUGAACAUGCGUCUUUUUCUGGUUUUAUUGGGAUUAUUCCUGCUGACUUCUCCAUCCGCCAGAUCGGAGCCGGAGCAGCCGGACGAGGAGGAGGAGGAGAGCUCCUGUCAGGGCGCCUUCGACCUCUACUUUGUGCUGGAUAAGUCUGGCAGUGUGAAGAAUCACUGGGAGGAAAUCUACUACUUUGUGGAGAAUUUAGCGGAGAAAUUCAAAAGUCCCAUGCUGAGGAUGUCCUUCAUCACGUUCUCCUCCAGAGCCUCCACCAUCAUGAAACUGACGGAGAACAGAGUGGACAUCAGGAAAGGUCUGAACGCUCUGAAGAGAGAGAUUCCUGGUGGAGACACGUUCAUGCACCUCGGCCUGCAGAGGGCAAACGAGCAGAUAUUCCAGGAAAACUUUGGAACAGCCAGUGUGAUUAUCGCUCUGACGGACGGAGAGCUGCAGGAACAUCAGCUCAUCACUGCACAGCAAGAGGCAGAGAGAGCCAGGUCUCUGGGAGCCAUCGUCUACUGUGUUGGUGUCAAAGACUUCAACGAGACACAGCUGGCCACCAUAGCAGACACCAUCGAGCAUGUGUUUCCUGUGCUGGGAGGCUUCCACGCCCUGCGAGGAGUCAUCGACUCGAUCAUCAAGAAAUCCUGCAUUGAGAUCUUGGCAGCUGAGCCCUCCAGUGUGUGUGCAGGAGAAUCUUUCCAGGUGGUGGUGAGAGGAAACGGGUUCCUCCACGCCAGGAACAUCAACCAGGUUCUCUGCAGCUUCAAGAUCAACGACACCAUCACAAUCAAUGAGAAGCCGGCUGGAGUAGAAGACACCUUCCUGUUGUGUCCGGCUCCUGUCAUCGAUGAAGUUGGAAAGGUGAUUUAUCUCCAAGUGAGCAUGAACGACGGCCUCUCCUUCAUCAGCAGCAACGUGCACAUCACCACCACAGAAUGUUUUGACGGCACCAUCCUCCUCAUCACCCUGCUGGUGCUCUUCCUCCUGCUGGCGCUGCUCUUCAUGUGGUGGUUCUGGCCGCUCUGCUGCACCGUGGUGAUCAAAGAACCUCCUCCUCCACCUCCUCCUGAGCCUGAGUCGGAUGAUGAAGACGGUCUGCCCAAGAAGAAGUGGCCCACUGUGGACGCCUCGUACUACGGAGGACGAGGGAUCGGAGGCAUCAAGAGGAUGGAGGUGCGUUGGGGGGGGAAGGGCUCCACUGAGGAGGGGGCCAAGCUGGAGAAACCAAAGAACGCUGUGGUGAAAAUGCCGGAGCAGGAAUACGAACCCUUCGAACCCAAACCCAAGAAAUCUCACAACAAGAAGGCUCCUCAGGACCGGAAGUGGUACACACCCAUCAGGGGUAAACUGGAUGCUAUCUGGGCUCUGUUUCGUCGCGGCUACGACCAGGUUUCCCUGAUGAGACCCCAACCUGGAGACCAUGGUCGAUGCAUCAACUUCACCAGAGUAAAAGAAGAGGCGGCGGCAGCCAAGGCGCCACCUCGCUCCCCGAUCCACACGCCCAUGCCGCCGCCGCCGGACUACCGCCCCGUGACCACACCUCCAUCCCCCACCACCGCCGCCAGUCCUCCUCCCAGAUCCCCCCCAUCAGGCCAGGUACCCCCCGGACCGCCUCCGUCCCGUACGCCCCCGGGGCCGCCAUGUGCCCCGCCGUCCCGCCCCCCUCCCACCCUCCGACCCUGAGUCACACAGACAAACAAGCCCCGCCCACAACCCAGCGCCCCCGCUUUGAUAUCACAGACUUACCGCUUUGUUGACCGCUUCCUUCAGUUUGAAGGUUUUGGUCCUCGCUGCCAAAGAUAUUCCUGCUACCAGCCAAAGAUCACCAGGAUUUAUCAGCCCAGACUUCCAUGUUCGGGGCGGAGUGUCGAGUCAGGAGGCGGAGCUAAAUAAAGAGGACACGCCGGAUAAAAGCACCACAUUUUUUCCACAUGCUCUCUAUCACUAUAGGUUUAAAUUUUUGGUAGGAGCCACUUCGGAGAUGGCAGCCAUAUAAAGUCUAUGAGAACCAAUAUAUCAUCCAAGACACUCAGAAGGUCAAUCUUGGUGUCAAAAUCUACAUUUUCUUUUCUAAGUGUUUCAGCAAACGGUUUUCAAAUUAUUUGGCAAAACCGCGCCAAAAAAUCCCCCCAAUGUAACCCUAUGGAGAGGCUAGAGUGGAUGACAUCAUCGCUAGAGUGCAGAGGGAGGGAAAAAAAUUGUCCGCAGAUACCACUCUACAGAAAUAAUUUAUACAUAGAAACGUAGGAAAA